AUGGCUGACCCUACCUUUGCGGAGCACGUCGCCAAUACGAACAGCCGAUUAGCUUCCAUUAAAGCUGUGAGUUUCGGGGAGGAGCCCGUUUAUGGUAAUCAUGCAAACGGAUAGUAUAACGGUUACUUCUUAAUGUUUUCUAUAAAGUGCUUACACUUUACAUUGUUAUUCUGCCUUAUGAAAAUCAUCUGUAAUCAAGUUUUAGCUAUUCCGCCAAUUGAGUGUUCUUUGAUUCUUGAUAAUAUUAUGCAAUCUUUGUACAGAGUCCCCCAUUCCCACGCUUUCUAUUCCCUUCUCAACGUCUUCCUUCUUUUCAGAGUCUCAUAGACGCCCUCACUUUUCCGGAAGCAUGCGCCGAACUGACCAAAUGGUGCUCGGACCAAAGAGCAUUCACGGCUCAUUUCGAAGAGAAUCUCAUGCUCGCUCUGCAGGUUAAACCUUGAUUGAUCCUCAAUUUCUAAUUAUCAGGCUCUGCAGGUGGCUAUGGAGAACGGCACGAAGGAGAAUUACGAUUUUAACCUGACGCACGGCUUAGUGACCGCCUGCUUUUCGCAUCGGAAACACCUUUCGAAGCCAUCUGCCAGUAAGUGAUUCGCCUUCAUUCUUACUGAAUUCUCUGUUCCCGUUCGGUCCGUUCUCUCUCAUUCCCUUCGUUUCUGCACUUUUUCACUUUCUCACCUCUCAAACCAUAUCAGUUUUUUUCGGAAAUCAAAUUUUCACUUCGUGGUUGUGAUGAUAAUUGAGCACAAUUCCAGUGAACUUGUGGUUCGCCGAAAUUUCAUUUGUCUGACUCGGACCCAAAGAAUAAUUGCAUUCCGUCCAGUAGCAUUGUUCAAAAACUAAUCUAAAAUGCAUCGCAUUGCCAUUUUCUCGCACACAUAAACUUUUAAAAGGGCACAUGCUCGUCCUCUCUAAUAGUUCAAAAACCUUGCCUUUCUAAUCUUCUCUCGAAGUAUUAUUACUACGAUAUAGUUGUUUAUUUCAUAAUAUAACGCAUCAUCCUAUUUUAUUUUCAGCCAGAAUCGGUCGUUGGUACGAACAAAUGCGUCGUCUGAAAAAGAACGGAGGGAAGAGGAAACGGGCUCCUCCGAAGCCGAAAGAGCCCCCAAUCACAGCUGCAGCACCCACGGUUCCUCCCGUGAACGGAUCGCUUCCCCCGCUGACGUCACCGUGCCCUCCUCCUCCUCCUCCUCCUUCUUCUUCGAACGGACAGUCCGCCGAGAACAACAACUUCAUGAUCUCUCCUUCUUCCGACGGGUGAGUCCCUCUCUUUCAUUCAUCUUCGAUCGUCGGUCUGCUUCCAUCCAGCACACUCACACUCACACAUACACACCGAUAUAACGACAAAAAACACGCACGCAUAGGCAUAGGCGCUCGCCCGCUCACUCGGAGACACUCACCAAAACGCAUUUUGCCUUUUUUGAUGAUUGAAUCCAAACUAUACGAAACACAUCAAAUCGGAAACACAAAAAGUUACCGUGGACAGGCGCUAAGAAACAAUCUUACUGUAGUUGUUGGGCGAGAAGCUUGGAUUAUGACGUGACGUGUUUUCGCGUGCUUACGUGAAGGGGUAUUCUUAUGACGUGGAACAUAGUCCACACUUUGACAUCCCUUUCGAAUAUCGUUGAAGAUGGAGCCUUCUAGCCUACCCUAAGCUUUUGCCAAUGUUAUCAUUCGGGGCAGAAAUAAUAGUCACUUUGUAUCUUCUAUAUCUUUUUUCUCUCCACCAAUCUCCACGCUCUUCUCUCCGUUUCUUCCACCCAAAUUCUGGCAGAGACACCAGCUUUCGCUCACACACACUCAUAAGAUUUUUCGAAAAAGCUCAAGCACACACACGCUCACGCCACUCUCCAUCUCCUCUCAGCCGCCAUCGUUCCACCCAUUUUUGGAUGGAACAAGUGAGAGCUCAACACCGUUGUUAGGAGCACAAGAAGAAAAAGAAAAAGAAGAAGGGAUGGAGGCACCACAAGACGUCGUGCUCCUUCUUCUUCUUCUUCUUCUUCUUCUUCUUCUCGUGCAUGUGCGCAUUCGUGAGUCGAGAUAGCGGGGCAAAAGGGAGGAGGAGGCCGCCGAGCCGGGGCGCGACAGCGAAUUUUUGCGGCUCCGCUUCAUCAAUUAGACCACAGCACACACACACAGAAACAGAGGGAUUCUGGUGGUCCUCCAUCCGAAACAUCCCAACCUUCCAUUCACACUUUCUGACUUACACACUCCUGCAAUAAUACGGUAGGUUCAAGUUCUUCUACCGUAACCCUUUUCCCAUCUAGAAAUGUAGGUGGUGCAGAAAUUUGAUCGCUCAUGAAAGACGUUGCUUUUCCUCUGUGUUUGCCGGCCGAACAUUAACUAGAUACCGAAUGGCGAGCACCGGAAGUUGAAGUUUUCAGUCACGGGAUAAAUAUUCAGCUGGCUACAAAAAACGUUUAUUAUGGUUUGCAAGACUGCAGGACUCGUCUGCUAAAAACGAUUGCUCGCCCUCCCGAGGACUUGUUUUUAGAGUAAAACUGAUCGGAAGUGCAAGUGAUCUACUCAGAGAGCACGAGCAAACAGUAAAACACGGACUAAAAGUGUCGAGGACCUAGUAUGAUACCUCACACAUCUAGAGAUAUUGGUGGUGUUUAAAGCGUUCGAACAUUCCUGCGUGGCCGUCUAAUCCGGGCGAUAAUUUCUAUGCGUAUGCAGGUGGUGCGCCCCUUCCUCAAUUGGUUUAUAACAUCGUCGUGAGAUGACUCGUGUACCGUAACAUGUUCCGAACCGCCGUCAGCCUAUCUCUGCCGUGAGAGAAAAUGGUGCCCUGCAAUUCGGUUCAAGGCUAUUUGAUCAACGUAACUAAUUCACUUUCCCUUAUUUGGAAAACUAUUUUCAGUAACCAUUUUCACAAGUAACCAGGUUGGCUGGAAUAGUUUUAGUUCUUUGCGCGAAACGUAAGGAACGUCAGAGAGCGUCAGAUACCUAUAUCUGGUUCGUGGCCAAUCUGACUCGACCAGUCGGCCAGCCACCUUCAUCUCAACUCUAGGCAUGCAUGCCAACAGCCACUUUCGAUUGACACAUAUCCAGUCAGUCGGCCGGCCAUUCGCCUCCACUUUCCGCCGUCUAUUCCUAACGGUCGCCGCGAGCCGAGGUGUUAUCAUCCUCCUCCGACCCCACUGUUUGCAUGCGUUUACUAGACACAUUAUCAUGCCUUCUCCAGUGAGCCAGCCCUCUUUCUCUCGCUGGUCUCUACUGUCUGUACCCUUGUUGCGAGGUGCGCCGUCUUCCAUCGCACGUCUCAUAGUCAGCGAGGUGCGAAAGUGUGCGCAAAAGAGUGAGACGCAGAUCGCGUACUGUCAAGCGACUCUGAACGCGCGGCCGAUCGGCGGCCAACAGACCUAUCGUCCGAGGAGGGCACAGCCAAGCUCGGUCGCCGCAACACCCGGUUUCUCAGUCUCCGCGCGCAAUACACUCUUUAGUCCUCCUCGGUUGGGUCGUCCGUCCGUCCGGCCUGUCCUCCCUGCAUUCCUCCUUCUCCUAUUCCUCAUCAUUCUCCUAUUCCUCAUCAUUCUCCUCUUCGAAGCCUUGUACAUAUUAUGAGCGCAUUUCACACCAAUCAAUUCUAUAGGUUUGCCAAUAAAAUCAAUUAGUUAUCCAGUAGAUCACUAUUUCUCGACAUACUACAUUCGUACGUCUGUUUUUUAUUUUGCCCCGACCGCCGCCGUCAAAUCAUCUGCCCCGCGUGCUCCUUGCUUCCUCUGCCACCAGUCUUUUGUUUAUGUGCUCUUCCUGAAGAGUGGCGGCGGCGCAGCGAGAUGUGCUCAUCGACUCCGGAGGCUCCACCAAAUAUGGCAAAUAAAGGUCCCCAGCAGCAGUUACUCUCGUAGCUUCCUUUUGACACACAAUCCUUUUGAUUGAUAAUUUGUUGACCUUUUCUUGUGAGCUCAAGUCGUGUACCUCCGUGCCUCGUGCGCCAAAUAGGAAGAGAACGUGCACCAGAAUCGCCCUUUCUCUGAUGUCUUUCCGUCCUUUUGGCAGGUAGUUUCAUGCCACUCUGCCACGCUCUCUCUAAACCUCUUCGUCUCUCACACUCUUUCUCACGGCUGCUGCCAUGCCAUUGUUCUUUUUGAACAAAAACUUUCAAAGUUGUCUAUGAUGAUUCUGCCCGCUUCUGAAAUUUUUGUAGACCGGCAUCCGCUCGCUUUUCUUUGUCAGGUGUUUUUCUCACCUUUCAUUCAUUUCGAAUCAAUAGAUAAACAGUCUGAAAGAGACUGUGUAGAUCAAAUAAAUCUACGGGCAAAUCCACAGUGUUCUUUUAUGCCGCGUCUAAAGGUAAAAAUACCCGGAGAUCACGCGGAUUUUGCUGGGAUUUCUUUGAACUUUUGACGCUUUUUUUUACUUUUGACGCGGCAUUACCUUCUUCAUGCCUUCUCCAUUCCGAACAAACGAACGAGUGAAAUGUUUGUGCUGGUGUUUUUGGCCGUCGUCAUCGUCGUCGCCGUAGAGUGUGUUCGUCGGCUUCCGCGUCCUCUCCCUCUGCCUCCUCCUCCCGUUUUACUUGUUUUUUUUUCUUUCUGGGUGGCAGGCAACCUGGCGACGGCCCCUCCGUCCAUUCGACGUUGCCGUCGUUCGUCCGCCCGCUGAAAAUGAAGAACCGAGACAGAGACGUGAGCGACGAAGUGACGUCACUUCUGACGGAUGCCGUUAAGGCUCGAGACUCGGAAUGGAAUGACUCGGGCUGCCUAGAUGUAGAUGUCAUUUGAGAGUGGAGAGACAAGACAAAUCCGAAAGCCAUCUCAUAGUGGUCUCCUGACUUACCCGUUGGAUUGAUUGGCGUCUUUGCGUCAGAAGAAGAAACCUUUCCUGUUGGCACUAGACGUUUCCGUGGGCGGCGCCAAGAUGAACAAGUUCUCCAUUCUAGAUCGCCUCCAAGAAUGGCGUGCACCUUACUCCAGAUCUUUUCCAACUAGAGGUCAGAAACAGGUUACUGGACGAACUGAAACUAUAUUGGUUCCCGUGUCUUCGCCAGUUGUCUCCUUAUGACCAACCAAAUUUUGUGUCACUUCUCUUCUUCUUGACUCCGCCCCCGGUUUUCGAUAACUCCUUCUCGGCACACACAACGCAUAGACACGCACGCAUACACCCAUCCACACAUACACACACACAAUAUUCGAGUUUGACUCGGAUUCAAUACUAUUUCAUCUCUUAACAGUUCGCCUCUCGCUAAUCACUUUCCUUCUCUCCUACCACUUAUUCUUCUUACCCUUCUUAUCAACAAAACUGUCUCUCAAAAAUUAUUUUUUUUUUCUGCGUCUGGACGCGGUUGUGCCCCACUACGCAAGAAACCCAUCGGCGCCCUUCAUAUUUUAUAGCUUUUCGGGCAUCGGUGGCUGUGUCUGUUUCGGCCGACACAUAACAAUCAUACCAUAUCGAUCACAGUGCAUUCGAUUCCCAAAAGACAUUCUCUAUCGGAGUGUGUCUCUUAUCCGUUCUCUUCUCAACUAUUUCUGAUGGUGGGCUUUGAGGUUUAAAAAGUUGAUUCGCUGAUUCUCUCACGCCUUUCACCUAGACCUAGUUCCCACGAAAGUUUGGAACUCCUCGGAUGUUUUCUCUGUUCGCCGCCACAUGACCGCUCUAUCCAACGGUAUCACGAGAUGCGCAGCCGGCUUUCGAGCAUAUUCCUCUCUUCUCCCAACUCUUGCACUUUGCUUCUUGGGGCACACUCGCAUACGUCUUCCUUGUUUUCUUUGCCAGUACCACCAGCAUCCCAUCCUCUCGCUCUCUCUCUCUCCCGCUCUCUUCCUUUCCGUAGAAGAAGAAGAAGACGACAACAGCGGAGGCACGACGCCACCCUCUGUCUCCUCCGCACGUAUGUCGUCGGUCCUGUGUGCGUGUUAGGGUGAGUGGGGAGAGCGUGCGAGCGUCCGUGAGUGUAUUUCUUUUUGUGUUGUGUGCGAGUUAGUGAGCGGACAGCGAGCGCGCGCGAACCGUCUGGGGUCUCUGUGGGACGAGAGAGUGCGUCCUCCUCCUCCUCUUCCUCCCAGCAACCUUCGCCUCGAUAGCCCUCCUCUCAUCAUCACCGUCUUCGUCGUCGCCUUCUUUCGCCUUCCCGGGCCACUAUCACUGAGCGUGUCUGCCUGCGCAGUGCUCUCGUUGUGAGGCCAGAAGAGACACCGGCACACGUGCCGGCGCUGUGUUUUUUGGGAUCAAAGGGGGAAACGAGAAAAGUGCAAAGGGGCAGAGUCAGGACAAGGACGUGGGGAUGGAUAUGGAAGAAAAGGGGGUCAGUUGAGUAUACACACACACACAUCAAAACGAGAUCUGCAUACAUUCAAAUUACUGUAGUGCACCUUCCAAUAUCACCUUAUUCAUUACCUGCUCACCUUUAUACCUUCUUAAUGUAUUAAUUUUUUGAAACUCCUUACCGAACAUCUAUUUUCAGAUCAAUGUGGCCACAAGGUGGCCCAAUGGGUGCACCGGGUUCCUCCGCGCACAUGCCCCCCGGUGCCCAGUUCCCUGGCCCUAUGAAUCCCGGAAUGCAUUCCUAUCCGGGACAGAUGCCUCUGCCAUACGGUCAAAUGGAGGGAAACCACGCCAUGUACGAUCAGCGGAUGAUGGCCGCGAGAGCCGGCGGGCGGCCCAACAUGAUGCCCGAUUACCCGCAAAUGCCAAUGGGACAGCAUCCGUUAGUUUUUAUUUUUCAUUACAUCAAGUAUAACGUAGAACUGAUAGAAGAAGAAAAAAAUAAAGGAAAGAAUAGGGAGGUAACAACUUCAGCUUCUAACCCUAUAAGAAAAAAGAAAUACGGACCUUAUUUCACAUGAUCAAUUUCGUGUAGUCACAAGUUUAGCGUAAUUGAUUUUUAAAAAAAUUUUUUCAGCGGAAAUCAAAUGAUGCGAAUGCAUGUUCAAUACCCUGGACAACCUGGACAACAUCAAAUGCCAGCUCAUCAUCAGAUGCAAUACGGACAAAUGGUAAGUAGCCAGAGAAUGAGAGCGACUCAAUUACGGUACAUUUUCAGAUGAGAGCACCACCGGUUUCGGUGUACGGACAAAUGAAUCAGCCGCAGCCGUACCCAGUGACGGCUCAUCCGAAUCCAGCGCCCGCUCCGUUUGUAGCUCAAGACGUCAGAGUUAUGUACGAGACAACAUACGCGUACAAAGUGGAGAGAGAGCUGUUCGAGGAGUGCGCGAUUCCACCGGGAAACACCGGAGUGGAAGCAGAAGUCACUCACGAGGCAUUCCAAUUGCUCGAAUCGUGAGUUUCAAUUAAACUUAUUUUGAUGUGAAGUUUCAAUUUCAGAGAGGGUUAUGAUGUGAUUCUGUCGGUGUGGCGCGGAACCAAGGGAACGCACGACGUCGCCUUCAGUGUGUACGUCAACGAACAUCUAGUGCUCAAUCACACCUCCGACAACAAGGCUGUCUCCUUGAAACAGUUCCUUCGAAGCGGGAAGAAUAUUAUACAGUUUGGAUACAACAGUCACGAUCAAGUGAGUACAUGCCCAUCUCAAUCAUUCAAACGAAUUUCGAUUUUCAGUCGCACAGAGUUGCCUGUGAAUUCGUGACAAGAAAGAGCAUGCUCGAUCUGCGGAAGAUGUUGUUCCACAGGCCGGACAUUCCGAUGAUCAUGGGCCAACAGAGAUAUCAACGUAAGACACUUUAUUUUUUGAUAACAUAUAACCGCCUCAAUCACUUGCAGUUCAAGUACAAGCUUCCAAGAAAACGAACGGGAUGCUGGUCAUCCCGCUCAAUUGCUCACUCACAAAGAAGAGAAUGUUCACUCCAGUCAGACACAAUGAUUGCAAAAGAGCGCUCUUCGACAUGGGACAGAUGAUCAGUCAGAACAAGGACAAGACUCGUUACUUCUGUUCUCAUUGUCAUAACUACUUCAAGUUCGAGGACAUGGUCGUCGACUACUGUGCCUUCCAAGUCAUCACCCAAUUGCCGCCAGGAAUCUCCGACUUUAUCAUCGACAGACACGGCCAGAUCCGGCCCGGAGAGCACGAAAAAGAGGAGACGGUGAAGCCAAAAAGAGGCAAAAAGCGGGCUGAGAGGAACGACGACACCACGAUAAAGCGGAUAAAGUCGGAAACAAUGGUCCGGCAGGAUCCGGGAAUGUUCCCAGAUGUGCAUGCACGGUCGGUCCAAUUCAGUCCGAUGCCGACGCCCGGAAGUGUGCCGCCCGACUGGACCCGCCUCCAGAGUCCUUCGUUCAGCAUGCAAAGUCCGAACAAGAUCCAGCUGGGACCGGCCACUCCAGCCACUCCAGGAAUGGUCUUCCAGAAUCCGGCAUCUGCUGGGUCCAUGCUGAACAUGUCAUCUCCGAGGCAAACGACGUUGAUGUCUGCAGCACAUCAACUGCCAAUGGCCGCCCCCGUGGACUCAGCAGCGACCGCCCGUUCGGGAUCCGCCCCGUACACUCCCGAAUCCGUGAAGAUCGAUCGAUGGGAAGCAGUGUUCCACAUUCCAAACAGUGAGCUGUUUGUCGCAGGAAAGGAGUGCAUAAUGGAUUGCGAAAGGCUCGUUGCUCACUAUAUGUACGAAACGAAGAGUGUGACCUUCGAGAACAUUGAAACUUCUUCGAUGGUGAGCUUGUAUCCCUAAGCCUUCCGGUUUGCCAAUGAUCCCUAUUUGCAGGAAGAGGCGCCAAACCAUUCGCAGCCGGAGAACUCUCAGUCCAUGAUGGCUCCCGGGAGCAGCUCCUCGAGUAGCUCAACAUUCACUCCUCCGUUCGACGACAUCCACCUCGGCAACCGGCGAUCCCACUGA